AUGGCCAAAAAGAACAACAAGGCUAAUAACAAACAAAAGAAUAAGAAGGGCAAGAGUCAAGAGGCCUCUGGGACCCAGACACCUCAGCCCGAGCCUGCCGCUCUUUCAGAACAUCAGCAAGUACAGCACGACACACAGCCAGAACAACAACAAGAGCAGCAGCAGUACAAGCAAGAACAACCGCAAGUCGAAGCUGCCAUCGAAUCGCAACCAGCAGCGGCAGAAACCAUUUCUGAAACAAUAGCAGAUCCUGCAUUGGAACCAGAGUCGGUGCCACCCCAAGAAUCGGAACUGGAGCAACCACCAGCUGUUGUCGAGCAACACUCGACUAUUCCUGAAACCCAGGCUCAAGCUCAGCCCCCGGUGAGUGACGAGGGCUGGUCUGCUCAGCCAGCCAAUUCGGAGCUUGCUCCUAGCCAAGAGCCAGACGUGAACCAUGUACAGAACAGCCCCGAACAACCACAAGAGCCAGCCUGGGAGGCAGUAGGCUCGCCGGAAACCCCUGUGAUAGAGGCCGAAGGGACUCAGGAGGAAAAUCAAUUUCUGGUUGAGCCCAGUGGCACUGCAGCGGCCACGGAGGAGAACCCAGUGACAGCACCACAAACACCGCUUGAGCCCACGUUCGUCCCAACAUCUGCAGAGCCCUUGGAGUCUCCUGCGCAAACAGAGGAUCAGUUAGUGGCAGCUCCUGCCUACGCUGACGCCGCGGAUUCUGUUGGCGACUUGCACAACCCUGUCAUGUCUGAGUCCUUUUCCGAAGCAGAGCUCGCUCAGCCCAUUCCUGAAUCCGAUUCGCUCCCCAAGCAAACAACUCCACCCACUUCUAAGCCUGCGUCUCCUAUUCCUCAAGCAGCUUCACCGAUUCCUCCCGCUGCAUCUCCAUCCUUCAAAUCCGUUUCGCCUGCUCCGCAGAGUGCUGCUGCGACACCACGUGCUCUUUCGCCCGUCCCGCAAUCGGCUCCGCCUGUACAACAGUAUACCUCACUGAUGGCUGAAACUAUGAUGCCAGAAGAGGAGCCUGCUGUUCUGGCGCAGCAGGAUGCGUUUCCUACACCGCCAGCUGAGUCCCCAGUAUUUCAGCCAACCUCACCCAUGGCGCAACCGACGUCCCCAGAUCAGAGAACCGCCUCUCCUGUGGCGAAAACAAUCUCUCCUGUCCAGAAACAUAUUUCUCCUGUCGCCAAACCCGCGUCUCCAGUUCCGAAAGUCAGCAGUCCACUAGCACGGGGGCACAUGUCGCCCGUAAUGUCUCCUCAGUCGGCCCCGCCGCCAAUGGGGCAAAGAGUGCCCUUGCAGGCUAUGCCACCCUAUCCUCCAUCCUAUCAUUCGCCUAUGAUGAGCGCCAAUGGGUACUUGCCCCAGUAUGCCUACUAUCAGCCAUCUCCUAACGUCCACCCCACACCUCGAGGCUCCAUAGAUCCAGGCUCAGCAGCAUCUUUCCAGAUGUUGCGCGACCUGGGCUUUGCCAAUGGACAUGGUCUCAAUGGGAAGGGAGGCACAAUCUCUCCUCCUGAACAUGAGGAGCCUAUCGAGCUUCUUCAAAGAAUUCAGGACGCUAUUCCUGACAUCGGCCGACUGCUCUCGAGUUACAAGAAUACCAAGGGCAAGCUCCAGGCACGGGAGGCUGAGUUCAAGCAGAUGGAGAGUCAGCAUGAGCAGGCUUUGAUGCACAAGGAUUUCUACAUCGAGGCACUCCAGAAUCAGAUGCGGAAAACAGCGAACGAGAGUGCCGAGGAAUCCACCAGGCUCAAGAACACGAUCAACGAGCUGCGGAUGGAGCUGGGCAACCUUGAUGAGAAGCAGAAGGAUCUUGAAGAGAAAUUGCUUGAGUUUGAAAACUCCAACAAGGAGCUCACCCAAUCCAAAGCCGAGCUUGAGGAUAAGGUUGAGUCGCUCGAUAGCAGCCUGAAAGAGGCGUACGAGACCUAUGAGCGAGACAUGGACAAAGCCAAAGAGGAAAAGGCGGAGGCUCUUGCAACCCAGAAGCAAGAGUUGACCGAGCUUUUCGAAGAGAUUAAAGCGGAGGAUGAGAAAGCAGCAGCAGAAGCCCUGGCAGCACGCGAGCGAGAAUUACUUGACCAGCAAGAUGCGAUGAAGAAUGAAUACGAGAACCAGAAGCAGCAGAUGCAGGAAGCACAUGACACCCUGCAGGCCGACUUCGACUCCAAGGUGACUGAGCUGGCCUCCACCAAAGAGGAGCUGGAGACGAGGACUACCGAACUUGCCGACAAACAGAAGGAAUUGGAGGACACCUGUGAAAGACAUGCUCAGGAGCUGGAUGCAGCCCACCAAGCGCACGCUAGCGAAGUCGAGUCUCUUAACAACAGUCAUGCAGAAGAAGUGGCUGAGAUGAAGAAGGACUUUGCCGAUCAGCAGCAGCAAUGGGCGGACGAGAAGUCUUCUCUCGAGCAGCAAGUCGCAGAGAAGACCGAGACCAUCGAGAACCUCGAGCGUGAGAACAAGAAACUCGAGGAGGAUGUUGCUGUCAAGGAGAAGCAGCUUCAACACGCGGUGGAGAAUAUGCGCCUCACAAUCGACAACUUGGACAAAGAUUGCGAUAGGUUGAGAAAGACCCUACACAGCCUUGGAGAAGCAACUGACCUCAAGAGCACGAAGGGUGAUUCUUUCUUUUUGGACUGCUUCGGCCAACUCUCUCGUCUUAUUGUCUCCCUGUCUAAGGAGCACUUCUCGUACCUCCCAAUUGAUCCUCCCAAGGACAUCCUCUCCAAGCUUCCACCUGAGCUGCCAUCGUUCCUUGAUAACACUUCGGCCUCGCGUGAACUACGCUCCGCUUAUGUCCAACAUGUCGUGUCUAAGACAUUGACUUAUCGGAUCUUCCACCCUUUCCUCUUUACCCUUGGCCGACGGUACGAUAAGGCGGACACUUUCUUCCAGAUGCUUUCGAUGGACAUCCGACGCAAAUCCGUGCGACGCGAAGCGUUCUGGAGACAGCAAACACUGAAGGCAGCUUACACUACAUCGGAUGCCAAGCAAUCAAUCAAUGUGGUUGCUGCGGUCAUUGUUGAUGAGAUCAUUGAUCAGCUUAAGCACUUUGCAGACCCCCGGAAUUUGGACGUGCUUCUAGUUGGCGUAAGGAAGAUCGUUAAGUUAGCAGCCGAAACUUGGCGACUGGCUCGGGUUGAGCGAGAGCUCAUUUUGGCUUCACUGCCAGCGCCGGACGCCGAUAUCGUCCCCAACGACGAUUGGGCGGAAUAUGGGACUCCCAAGGAAGGUACUCUUAGCUCCAAGGAGGACCCAACACGUCAUGUCAUCCUCAGAACCUUUCCCCGAAUCACUCGCGAAGCAGCUCAUGAGGACUUUAUCGGAGAAGAGGAGAAGUCUCAACCUUGCACCUACUCGCAGGGUUGCGUCCUCUACUCCGAUUCUCCCGUGGUAAUGGCCCGGCUGCAAGAGCUGGCAAAGAAGUCCACGGACGCCUUGGCUAGUGGGGAUGAAUCUUCCCGCCGUGGCUCGCGUGAAUCGAUCCACCGUGAUGGGGAUGUCCCUUCAUCCAAAAAGAGCAAGGGAAGCAGGGAUGAGAUGAAUGGCGCACCCGUGGACAUUACAGUAUGA